AUGGAGCUUCUAGCCAUAUUAGGUCUGCUCUGGGCCAUUAGCAAGGCUUCGUCAUGGACAGCAUUGCAAGCGCCUGUCAGAGGUCCACGUGGCGGUACAGCAGCCACGAAGCACAUAAUGGCCAUGGCCGUGCGGACUUUCUUUGAGACUGUAUCGAUAGACCAGUUCCGGUAUGCCUAUUCCCCCGACACUUCCGCUCGGCUUCUCGAGACAUGGGCACGUUGCACACACACGACCUUGAAGAAAGUCAAGCUGCCUGAUGGGACCACUGCUUUCUGGCUAGGCAACCCAGACGCCGAGCGGCUGCUACUCCAUUUGCCAGGUGGCGCAUACUGCCUCCCUGCUCUUCCUUCUCACAUCGACUAUUCUACCUCCAUCCUCAAAGGUCUGGGGCAAGCAGGAAUAGAUGCCGGAAUGCUCUUCCUCCCUUAUGAGCUAACCCCAACGGCUCAGUAUCCCCAUCAGAUGAAGCAGGCCGUCGCACUCCUCCAAUAUGUCAUCGAGGACCUGGGAAAGCGGCCGUCCGACAUUGUGCUGCUGGGUGAUUCUGCGGGCGCACAUCUCAUCUUGUCUGUUCUAUCUCAUCUUGCGCAUCCCCAUCCUCACAUUCCUCCCCUACUCUUGCCUGAGAACCUUGCUGGGGCAUUGUUGCUUUCACCGUGGAUGGGCGAGUCUCGGACUGAUUACGACAGCUGCCGGAGAAAUGCUUCGAGGGAUCUUGUCUCACUCAAGUUGCUGAUCCAUUGGGCUGAUAUGUUUCUUGGUGAUACUGAGCCCGACAGUUAUAACCAGCCCGCCGGUGCACCUGGAGGCUGGUGGCGGGAUUUGCCUGUGGAGGAGAUCUUUAUCGGAGUGGGAGGGCAUGAGAUAUUGUAUGACUCGAUCAUAAAGACUGCUAGGAAGAUUAAGUGCUAUGGGUUAUGGGAUAAUGCGAGUGAUUAG